UGUUCGCUAUUCAAAAUGGCGUCGUCUCAAUCAGGAAGUGGAGAAAACAACUAAGAAGAAUAAGUUGGAUAAAACCCCUCUUCUUUCUCGUACUUUGACGCGAGUCUCGGUUCAAAAACAACCCGUGUGCUCGGGGAUUGGAUUGAGAACAAGAAACAUAUUAAACGGUCAUGGAAAGCAUUUGCCCUUGUUAGAACGAAGUACUAUCUCGGACACAGCCAGUGCGUCGGUGGCGGUCGGAGGGUACAUUGCCUAAGUCAGCUGCUGGUCAUGUGUGAAGCUGUGGUCUGAUGCCCACCCUCCCCUCAGCGCUGGCCAUGGACGGGGAGAACUACCUGCAUCCAGAAGGCCCUCAGCUGGACAGCAGCUUGUUCUCUGUGGCCUCCUCUAACAUGGAGAGUUCAAUAUAUGCCUCCUCUGGUUCCUGGGGAUCCUACUCUCAGCAGGCUGGAUACAGCAUACACUGCCCUAUGCAAUCUGGAAACCAGCAAUACCACUUGAACAGCAGCACUACCACCACCACUCCGGAUGUGCCCAUGGACAUGUACUCGGGAUUCCCUGACGUGGACUUUUCCAGCCUCAACCUCCCUAGGAAUGGAGACUUCCCCCAGGACCUGUCCUGCAUUGAUGACCUCUCCACAAACUCUCUGUUCUCCUCUCCGGCUGACUCACUGUCGGAGUAUGCUGAUGCCCAGCCCUUCAUCAGCCCUGACAACCUGACCACGGUGCCCACCCUCUGGGACGUCAACACUAGUACCACCACACCAGCACAGAGCCAGCUAGAGCUGAAUGGCACCAGCAGGUUUCAUGGCUUGGCCAGUUUGGAUGAUAUAUCUGCUAUUAUCAGCACCCCACCUUUAGGAGGAUUCCAGCCUCAGAGAACCCAGUCGCCCCCGGAGGAGGAAGAGGAUGCUGAGGAAGAGGAGACAGAGGAACUGGGACAUGUAGACACAUAUGCUGAGUACAGACCUUCCAAAUCCACUAUAGGAAUUUCUCAUCCUGACAUAGUGGUGGAGACCAACACGCUAUCCAGUGUCCCACCUCCUGACAUCACAUACACUGUGUCUAUCCCUGAGCCAGCUAUUAACGGUGGCCUGCUGUCCGCUCUACAGCUAGAGGCCAUCAUCUACGCCUGCCAGCAACACGAGGUUAUCCUUCAGAACAACCAGAGGGCAGGCUUCCUGAUCGGAGAUGGGGCAGGGGUCGGAAAGGGACGCACUGUGGCAGGAAUCAUCCUGGAGAACUACCUUAAGGGAAGGAAGAAAGCACUAUGGUUCAGCAUAUCCAAUGACCUGAAAUUUGAUGCAGAGAGAGAUCUCAAAGACAUAGAUGCACAGAGUAUUCCUGUGCAUGCCUUAAACAAGAUUAAGUAUGGAGACACAGCUACCUCAGAAGGAGUCCUGUUUGCAACUUACUCUGCGCUGAUUGGAGAGAGCCAGGCAGGAGGGCAGCACCGGACGAGAAUUAAACAGAUCUUAGACUGGUGCAAGCCAGACUUUGAUGGAGUUAUUAUUUUUGAUGAAUGCCACAAAGCCAAGAAUGCCACAUCUACAAAGAUGGGCAAGGCAGUGCUUGACCUGCAAAACAAGCUGCCGCGGGCCAGAGUGGUGUAUGCCAGUGCCACAGGUGCCUCUGAGCCAAAGAACAUGAUCUAUAUGAGCCGCCUGGGAAUCUGGGGUGAGGGCACGCCCUUCAGAGCCUUUGAGGACUUCCUGCACGCCAUCGAGAAGAGAGGUGUCGGUGCCAUGGAGAUUGUUGCCAUGGACAUGAAAGUGAGCGGCAUGUACAUCGCCAGGCAGCUGAGCUUCUCAGGGGUGUCUUUCCGCAUCGAAGAGAUCGGACUGGACAGUGACUUCAAACUGGUCUAUAACAAAGCUGCCAUACUGUGGGCGGAGGCGUUGCAGGUGUUCAUGCGUGCAGCUGAUGAGCUGGGCCUGGUCAGCAGGAAGUCUCUGUGGGGGCAGUUCUGGUCGUCUCACCAGCGCUUCUUCAAAUACCUCUGUAUCGCUGCCAAGGUCCGCUGCCUGGUGGAGCUGGCCCAAAAAGAUUUGCAGGCCGGAAAGUGCAUCGUUAUUGGGCUGCAGUCUACUGGAGAGUCCCGCACCAGAGAAGUCCUGGAUGAGAAUGACGGACAGCUGGACAGAUUUGUCUCUGCAGCAGAGGGAGUAUUCCAGUCUCUUGUAACGAAACAUUUCCCUUCAGAGAAACAGAGGAGAGAGAAGGCACCAGGGAAUAAGAGAAAACGAAAGCCUCGAGGUCGCCAGACCAAGGUACCCAAACACACCGUGGACAGCGGUGGUGUGAUCAACAUCAGCGAUGACAGCAGUAGUGAUUCCGAUGGCAUGGACACGGACUCCAACUCCUCACCAGACUCCCUGCUAGACAAUGAUGAUGUCAUAUUUGUUAACCACACUAGCUGCCAGACAGCCAGGAUAGAGGAGAUGAAGCAGAGCCUCCUCAACAAAAUAUCCAUACUGGGAAAAGAACUACCUCUCAAUACCUUGGACGAGCUCAUCGAUAAGUUUGGAGGACCCGAUAAAGUCUCAGAGAUGACUGGUCGUAAGGGUCGUGUGGUGCGGCGUCCUGAUGGCAGCGUCCGUUAUGAGUCCCGGGCUGAGCAGGGUCUCACCAUCGACCACAUUAACAUCAAGGAGAAAGAUCGCUUCAUGGGGGCAGAGAAGUUUGUGGCCAUCAUCUCAGAGGCAGCCAGCUCUGGGAUUUCCCUGCAGGCGGACAAGCGAGUGAAAAACCAGAGGCGUAGGGUCCACAUGACCUUGGAGCUGCCCUGGAGUGCAGACAGGGCCAUUCAGCAAUUUGGUCGCACCCAUCGGUCCAACCAGGUGACAGCCCCAGAGUACAUCUUCCUCAUCUCAGAGUUGGCUGGGGAGAGACGUUUUGCCUCCAUUGUGGCUAAGAGACUAGAGAGCCUGGGUGCAUUAACUCAUGGAGACAGAAGAGCCACAGAAUCCAGAGACCUGAGCAAGUACAACUUUGAGAACAAGUAUGGUACCAAGGCUCUAGAUAAGAUCACCAAAGCAAUCCUUGGCCACAUAGAGAACAAGGUGCCCCCUCCCAAAGGCUACCCCGGGGGCGAAGGCAUAUUCUUCAGAGACAUGAAACUUGGAAUGAUGGAUGUGGGCAUCUUUUGUAGGGAGUCUCGCUUUGGGAUCAAUACUGAGAAAGACUGCAGCAUCACCAAGUUCUUAAAUCGCAUCCUGGGUCUGGAGGUCCACAAGCAGAACCAUCUCUUCCAGUACUUCACCGACAACUUUGACUACCUAAUCGAAAAGGAUAAGAAGGAGGGCAAAUAUGACAUGGGAAUCCUAGACCUUGCCCCGGGUAACGACGAGAUUUACGAGGAGAAACAGGAAACGUUCUUGACAGUUGGAAACCCUCAGGAUGGACAGGUUGUUCUCUAUAAGAUCAGUGUGGACAGAGGCAUGCCCUGGGACGAGGCCUUCAACAGGUCACUGAAGCUCAGCGGUCCUGACGACGGGUUCUACUUGUCCCUGAAGCUGCGAGGUAACCACCCAUGUGUGCUGCUAGCUGAGCAAGGACGAGGAAAGAACCUAAUCGUCUACAAGCCCAACAUUGGCAAGCAGACGCACCCUGAGAGCCUGGACAACCUGCAGCAACGUUACCGGAAGGUGACUCCAGAGGAAGCCAGGGACAGCUGGGAGAACCAGUUCACCUUCUCCUUCAAGAAGUGUAGCCAUGCCAACUGGAAUGGGAAGUGUAAGAAAAUAGAGGAAGGUCAGGAGUGUCUGCAGGGUAUGCGCCUCCGUCAGUACCACAUGCUGUGUGGAGCUCUGUUGCGUGUGUGGAAGCGCGUAUCCGAUGUGGUGUCUGACAUCACCAGCUCCAGCAUCCUGCAGAUUGUCCGCCUUAAAACCAAACAGCACAACAAGCAAGUCGGUAUCAAGAUCCCAGAGAACUGCGUGCCCCGCGUGCGCGAGGAGCUGUUGCAAAUGGACGAGGAGGUAAAGAGGAGACGAAAGGAGCGGGAGCAGCAGGCCGCGGAGCAGCAGCUGGCUGAGGAUCGCAUGCGUAAGAUGGAGCAGGACAACAAACACCUCCUGGCGAAUCUGUUCAACCAGAAACCCAUGCUCAACCAGUCCCUCGUUCAGUCCCUCGCCCAGAGCCAGAUCCUCAAACAGAAACUGAACCAAAACGCUCUACAAAGGACACAAACUGGGAGCAUCUCUCAACUGCAGAGACUGCAAGCCCAAGCCCAGUCCGCUUUACAGCAGCCCUCGCAGAACUUACCCCUGUUGUCCUUACAGAGAAACCCCAGCCAAACCCAGCAAAGGACCCAUAACAGCUGGCCCAACAAUUCCACCACCCCCAACCAGGGCGCUGUCCCCAACACAGUUAGCAUCCGCUCCAAUUACUCCAAUUUUUUCCCACCGUCCUUUUCCCCUUUCCCACAGCGGAAGAACCCAUCACUCCCACUCCAUCAGACCACACUGUCCCACAACUUGUCUUCCAAGAAUCCCCUGGAUGAGAUCUUGGACCUGACUGUGGGCUCGCCGUCUCCCUCCCCGGACAGCACGGAGGUCGGGCUGAAUCUGGACAGUCUGGCAGGACACGCUGCAGCAUUCGGAGAUGACUUUAAUCUGGAGUCUCUGAUCUCUCAGACUGCACCGAAUGCCCAGCACGCGGCACAAAUUCAGCAGCCUCUUUUGCUGCAGCAGCAGCAGCAUCUGCAGGCAACACAGCAGCAGAACCUGAACCUGCUGGCCAACAACCACCAAGACUUGUUAGAUUUAUUUGACUUGCCCCUGUCCCCGCAGAUGCCCACACAGAAAGCCAGCCCUUCAUCCUCUACCUCCUCCUGCUCUUCCUCCACGUCCUCCAACUCAAAUAACCUGGUCCCACACGUCCCCGCCGGCCUCCUGCCCGCAUCUAGCCUCAUCCCAGCAUCGUCCUCGUCCUCUCUCUUCUCCAGCCCGUCCUCGUCCUCAUCUUUGUUUUCCAACUCUUCCCCUCGCUUCUCUUCCAACUAUCUCCUCUCCCCGUCAGACUCGCUACCGUUACCCAACGGCCACUCCGUCGCUCUUGACGUACGCGAGGCUCUGAACAGCAUGCUACAGGAACCGGACCGCAAAUCUGUCAUUAAAUACCGGCCAGAGUAAGAGCUCGAACAGCAGCAGCUCGUCUGGACUUUUUCGUUAGGUAAUUUAGUCUUUUAAAAGCAGAUUUUGUCUUGUUUGCUGCUGUCUACGAUCGCACCCUCGGACCUACUCCCUCUCCCCUCAGGGCCUAUAGUCACGUCACUGCCUGUCCUGCGCUCGGCUCACCCUUCUCUUUACCCACCUGUAGCGUUCACCUGCUUGAGGCUCUUUAGGCGACAGCGGGCUCCAUCAAUAUCAGAUUUCUGCACCAAAGUGUGUCCUCCACAGUGAAAGGCAGCUGUUAAAAAAAACACAAAAAAAACAUGUGAUAACUGUAUUUUAUUGAACAUACGAGCUGUCAAAACAAAAGCUCAUCCAUUGAGGUGUGGAAAUCUUUUAGCUGCUGAUUUUACGAGGUAUGAUUGGUGAAGUUGCUGGAACCUCUAAACGCCAGUUAAAAAACACGCAUCUUUUUACACUUUGCUUUACUGUUACUUCGCUUCAUGGCCGUUCGUCUUGACUAAAACAAGGCUGUAUGCAAGGCUUGGGUUUGAGUGAAACAAAAGAUAGCGUCGAACUGGAAGAUGAGGAUGAAAGAAAAAAAACCCAGAUGAAAUCUUUUAGCUGAUAAGCCAUGAAAUGCCUCAGUUUUUUUUCUUCUACAUGCUCCCUCUUGUUUCUCUCCCUGCUUGUAUGAACACUAGUGUGAGGAAAAAGGGAGAGGAAGAGCAGUCUGCUGUUGCAAACAGUGCCUUUUGGAGAAAUCUAUAAAUGCAGUCUUUAAAAAUCCAUGUAGCCUAAUGUAUAGAUUUGUACUCUUGAGCGUUGGUUUUCAUUUUAAUUUAAACAUGGUAUAUUUGUAUUUAACUAUUAGCCCCUUCAGUCAGUCAUUGUUUGUGUUACACUAUGCUGGUGGUGGGCUUCAGGAAGAAGCCUCCAUUAAGCCUGUACGUGCUCGUAUGAUUGUCUGUGUAGCUGCUCUUAAAACAAGAGCAGACCUGUCCUUUUUUUUCUGUGUCCUUCUGUCCCUGUUGAUGCGACGAUGUGCUACAUGGUCAGUAUGGCGCGGAUUAUUGAGCAGCAUGGAUAAAAAAAUUGUUUCCAAAAAUUUUAUCACCACCCUUUUUAUUUUUAAAGCUGACAAUAACAUUUAGUGAUGUGACUCCUGGUUUGAUCUGAUUUUGAAUUUCUCAGGAAAGUCUCGAGUGCUUUGUUGUUGUUGUUUUUGUGUCAUUUUGACCAACAAACAUAUGAAUUUGUUUUUAAGUCUUUAAGUACGGUGGACGACAAAGAAUUUUAUUGUCUUCAGGUCUGAAAACGAAACAUCGAAAUGCGUUUCCAUUUCAGGCGUCGAGACUGUAAAAACAUUUGUGUGCAGACUUGUGAUGUUCACUGUGUAUGAUAUUUAAAAACCUGUGAGAUCUGGCCAUCUUUGUGUGAAAACGAUGCACUGUAGUUGGUUCAUGACAAAAAUGCCGGGAUAAGUUCAAGUGAUCAAAAAGCAAUAAAACCAUAUUCUACAUUUGUUGUGAAACAGAAAUGCCUAAGUACUGUUUACGCUCAACAGGCGAAGCUUUGUGGUUACCUUUGCAUGGUAUGAAUCUUCUUAUUUCUGUUGUGCUUCAUGGUCUUUUAGUUAAAACAGAUUCUGAAAUGCAUACAACCUUUGUAUAGUACGUUUUCACGGGAUGAGCGCAAUGCGUUCUUGAUGUUUUAGUCAUCGUUAUUAUAAAAGUUAUUGUUAUUUAUAUUUAAGGGAUAUUUAGAUUUUAGAUAUGUUAUCCUGCUUAUUAGAAUAGUCAACGAAAUGUUUGGUCAGGGAAGUUUCUAGUUUUCAAGAUUACUAUAAAACAAAUUCUAUUAUAAUCUGCCACCAAAUAAGAUUGCACUGUUCUGUACUGCUGUACAGUGUCUGGAUUGAUUUCUGCUCAUGUCAGUUUUGCUUUUUCUCAAAUUGUUUCUCCAACUCGUAGACCUUUUGUCGGGCCUUCAGUUUGCAGAGAGAUACCAAAGUAUUCCACAGACACCCCUAAAGUUACUGGCUCUAAAGAUAUCAGACCUUUUAUCAAUCUCAGGAAGAAACCAGAGGUGUAACGGCGGGGCGUUAGCAGAAAUAUAUCAUUUCCCCUUCUAACAGUGGUGAAACUAACCAGUACAUGUGCUAUUUUGUUCUUAACUCUGUGCUGUGACUCUUGCUGUAUUUAUGUUUUAGACUUAAUGUGAUGGGUUUGUUGUUUGUCCUUGUGAACAUGUCAGUGAUUCUAAGUGUUUAUGCCUUCUUAGGGCAAAGAUCAACAGCUGUUUCUUUUUAAGGAACAUUAUUUUUCUGUUUUAUUUGUGUUGGACAUUUAAUUCAUGUUAAAGCUGACAGAUUUUUGAGUCGAUUCGCACCUGGGUUAUACUGAUAUGUGCAAUCUGUCGAAGCCUUCACCCUCCCUCAGUGUAACCGAUUUUAGGUUUAAGUAUCUCAGAUUCUUGUUAACGCUUCUUUUUACUUGCAGCAUCUUAAUAUAUAGCAUGCUUUCCUGGUACCCUCAUUAAUUUUGCUUUGAAUAUUCCUCAUCAGGCACAUUCCCAGACAGCAGUCUGCAAAAAGAUUUGCCUUCGAUCCUGUUUUAUCGUCACACAAAUAAAGCUUUAUGCAUUUGAGGGAUAUGGACCGCGUUUUUAGGAAGAACAAGCUUUGUUUUCUUUUUAAGAUUCGUAGUAAUAGUGUAAGUAGGCCUUUUAUCGUUUUAUCAUCAUUUUGCACUAAGAAUGGCAUAAUCAAGUUACUGUUCUCUUGUGGGUUAUGAUUGAGCGUUGCAAGCUUGUUGUUUUUCCGAUCUUUGAUGGAUAGCUCUGUGUAUACUGUAACCAUCCUUCUCGUUUCUCCACCGUUUGCAUAUUACAUUCAUGUUAUCACUCUCAAAAAUAAUUUAUUGCUAACAAAAAAUGAAACAAAAAACAUGCUACUGAUUGUAUGUAUUUUUAAACAAAGCCUAUUUUUUCUGUAAAAAAAAGAAAAAAAAAGAAACUGUGUUCAGCACUUUUAUUCUGGGUUGUGCUUUUGUUUUCUAUAUAUUUAUAAUUUAGAUCCAAAUGUAUAUAUUGUAAAAUUUGUGCCUUUCGACUAAUUCUUUAAAAAGGUUUUCUACUCAUUAAAGGAAGGACUAUAUGAAAUUGCAAUCUUAACUUUGUAAACAAAUAAAAACUUGAAGAUUGCUGAAA